AUGAGCAUCGAUAAACAGAAACCUAAAGUGUAUGACAAUAUACUACAAUGUAUUGGCAAUACUCCAAUGGUCAGACUCAAUCGAAUACCUAAAGAUUAUGGACUGGAAUGCGAAAUGUAUGCAAAAUGCGAGUUCUUAAACCCUGGAGGGUCGAUAAAGGAUCGUAUUUCAUACACUAUGGUGCAAGAUGGAGAGAGAAGAGGUCUCAUUAAUUCUAAAAGUAGACUUAUAGAGCCAACCUCCGGAAACACCGGCAUUGGUGUAUCAUUGACUUGUGCAGUGCGAGGUUACGACUGCACCAUAGUUACCCCUGAUAAAAAUUCUGAUGAGAAAAUGAGUACAAUGAGUCUACUUGGUUCCGACAUUGUACAAACCCCGGCCAUGGCCCAUUAUGAUGAUCCCGAAAAUUUCGUAGCAGUUACCAACAGGCUGUUACAACACUAUCCUAACGGGAGUUUCUAUGGAUCAGUACAAAAACGACGUGAAUCCACGCACUCACUACGAGGCGACAGCUGA